AUGGGGCAGGGCGCCGUGGGGUCGCGCGGGUGGGGAGCGGAGAGGACGAAGCGGGAACCUGGCUGGGACUCCAAGGGUCUUAACACCUGCAAGCUCAGGUCCGGUGAGCAGCCCAAAAGUGCGCCCCAAAGGGGUCUUUUUAAGGCCGAACCGCUGUGGAGGAGGGAGGGCCUGCCGGUUCUGAGGGUGGGGAAAGAGGGUCACCCUGUAAGGAACAGGAAUGGCCUGAGGGAGUGUCAGGCAAAGAGAUACCGGGAAGGCCAGGUCCUGGAGGCUGCAGCGAAGCCGGCUCCCUGGAGGACCUCCCCGCACAAUGGCGAGGGGAAGGCCACAUGUGCAGGAAGGAAAGCUAGGCAGAGAGGAGGCUCAGCGCCCCUGCGAACAGUGCUCCAAGUGCCACCUCUCACCUGUCAUCACCAACAGGGAGACAGUAGUUGGGGUGUCCCCAGCAGGAAGGAGAAGAAGGCUGUCCGGAAGAAGGAGCACCCAGAACGCACAAAGGCCUGGCAGUCGGCAGUCAGGGGCGUAGCCUGGAACAGGUGCCGGAUGCAGAGCCUGGCACAGCAGAGGGGCUCCACUGCCAGAAGAAACAAUAGCCACUGUCCAGUGCUGCCCCUGCUGCUUAUACUGUCCUCAGAGCAGCCACCAGUGCUCAGGUUCAUCAAGUGCCAGGGAGCCCUGCCCGAGGACAUGGCGUGCAAGAUGUUCCACCAACUCUCCUUGGCCAUUAAGUACUGCCACAACCUGGACGUCAUGCACCAGAACCUCAAGUUAGAACUUCUCCUCGACAAGGAUUUCAACAUCAAACUGUUCCACUUCAGGUUCUCUAAGCUCUGCCUGCGGGAUGACAAUAGCCAACAGAGAUUAAGCAAGACCUUCUGUGGGUCGGCGGCAUAUGCAGCCCCCGAGGUGCUGCAGGGCAUCCCCUACCAGCCCAAGGUGUAUGACAUCUGGAGCCUGGGUGUGAUCCUCUACAUCAUGGUCUGCAGCUCCAUGCCCUACGACGACUCCGACAUCAGGAAGAUGCUGUGUACCCAGAAGGAGCACCACAUGGACUUCCCACACUCCAAGAACCUGAUAGAUGAGUGCAAAGACCUCAUCUAGUGCGUGCUGCAGCCCAACAUCAGCCAGCAGCUCCACAUCCAUGACAUUCUCAGCCAAUGCUGGGUGCAGUCCAAGGCACAAGGACUGCCCUCUAUGGUCAUCAACAAGGAGGGGGAAAGCUCCCGGGGAACUGAACUCUUGUGGAUCCCUGAACCUGGCUCUGCCAAGAGGUCUGCCACCAAGCUGGAGUCUGGGGAAGAGGCACAGCCCAAGGGACAACCUGAGACAAAACCUGAGGGGUUGGCAAUGCAAAUGUCCAGGCAGUCAGACAUCCCAGGCUUCCCUAGCAAGCUGUCGACCAGGGAGAAAGAGGAAGGGCCCCCCCAAAGGCCUCCAGAGAUUCGCAUCUAGUGAGCCAUUUGUGGCCCAGUAUGCCAGCAGUGAAUGAGAUGGCGCUCACACCUUCAGGCCCAAGCUCUGAAGAAGUCAAGGCACAAACCAGAGAAGGAAGACAGUCCCGGAUGAGCUGCUGUUUUCAUCAGUUUCUUCUCUCUCCCCUUGAACUUCAUAACCACAUUGCUAAAGGAGCAAUAAAUCACUAUAUUAA